ACUGGCUGGCCCCGCCCCUCGCUCUGCGUCCCCGCCCGCGGGAGGUGGGGCCCGGCGGUCACCGUCGGCGGGUCAGUUUAUGCUCCUUCGGCAGCGCCCGUCAAGAUGUCCGCGCUGAGGAUCACCCGGGUGGUUCGAGGCAUUGCUCAAUGUGGCUGGAGAUCACAAUCUAAUCAAGCUGCUGAAGUGUCACGUCAAAUUAAACCUGGAGCUGGCUUUAGUUUUGAGCUCAGUGAUGUACAGAAAGAGUUUCAAGCUACUGCUCGUAAAUUUGCUAGAGAGGAAAUCAUCCCUGUUGCUGCACAAUAUGACAAAACUGGAGAGUAUCCUGUUCCCCUUAUAAAACGGGCAUGGGAACUUGGUCUGAUGAAUUCACACAUACCAGAAAGUUGUGGUGGACUGGGCCUUGGCACUUUCGAAGCUUGCCUUAUUACAGAAGAAUUAGCUUAUGGAUGUACAGGGGUCCAAACUGCUAUUGAAGCAAAUUCCUUGGGACAAAUGCCAGUCAUCAUUGCAGGAAAUGAGCAACAGCAGAAGAAAUAUUUGAGGAGAAUGACUGAGGAGCCAUUGAUGUGUGCCUACUGUGUAACAGAACCUGGAGCAGGCUCUGAUGUGGCUGGUAUAAAAACGAAAGCUGAGAAGAAAGGAGACGAAUAUGUCAUUAAUGGUCAAAAGAUGUGGAUCACCAAUGGUGGCAAAGCUAACUGGUAUUUUUUGUUAGCUCGUUCCAGUCCUGAUCUGAAAACCCCUGCCAGCAAAGCCUUUACUGGAUUUAUUGUGGAAGCAGACAGCCCUGGAAUCCAAAUUGGAAGAAAGGAGAUGAAUAUGGGUCAGCGCUGCUCAGAUACAAGAGGUAUUGUCUUUGAGGAUGUGAGAGUGCCCAAAGAAAAUGUUCUAAGUGCUGAGGGAGUUGGUUUUAAAAUUGCUAUGGGAGCUUUUGAUAAAACCAGACCUCCAGUAGCAGCAGGUGCUGUUGGGCUAGCACAGAGAGCAUUGGAUGAAGCUACUAGGUAUGCUUUGGAAAGAAAAACCUUUGGAAAACCAAUUAUAGAGCACCAAGCAGUGUCCUUUUUGCUGGCUGAAAUGGCAAUGAAAGUGGAACUAGCUAGACUGGCUUACCAAAGGGCUGCUUGGGAGGUUGAUGCUGGUCACAGAAAUACUUACUUCGCGUCCAUUGCAAAGGCAUUUGCUGGUGACAUUGCAAACCAACUAGCUUCAGAUGCAGUCCAGAUUUUUGGAGGAAAUGGAUUUAAUAGUGAAUAUCCUGUAGAAAAACUAAUGAGAGAUGCCAAAAUCUAUCAGAUCUACGAAGGAACAGCUCAGAUCCAAAGGCUGAUCAUAGCACGUGAACAUGUUGGCAAGUUUAAAAGUUAAGGAAAAGCAUUGAUGUUGGCUGUCGAUGCCUUCAUAAAGGAAAAAAGGGCUUUAAUCUUUUUCUUGAAUGCAGUUUAAAAAGAAAAAAAAAAAGAACCUUUCUUUCACACUUUUGUAUUAUGUACUUUUUUCCCCUUCCAUCCCAAUACAAAUUUGGUAUUUUCUAAAGCAUAUCAUUGGCUUCCAAUAUGGUAUUGUUUGUUUUUUUUUCAAUAGUACAUUUUUUUUCUCCUUAUAAGGGUUCAAACUUGCACACAUUGGAGUAUAUUGUCAUUGCAUUAUUGAAUUCAGUAGGAGCAGACUUGGACCUAAGCAAAGAAAAAAAAUCUAAAUCUUUAAUAAAAAAGCUAUUAUUCUGUUUCCUCAGAGAUCAUGUUCUGCUUCAUAUGGUCUCCAAAUCAGUAGGUUUCAAUUUCUUCUGUGUACUUAUGGCUUUGAGUUCUAGAAACUUGCACUUUCAGAAUAUUUAAAAUUAAGUAUAGGUGAAUGUUUAGGCCCUGCUAAAUUUAUAAUACUAUGUUCUGACAUCAAAGCAGGGAUUAUUGUUUUAGGAAAAUAAUAUCGCAGCAGCUGAAUUAUCACUUUAUUUUACUUGUAAAUUGUCUACACAUGUAUGAGCAAAAUCUGUUUUUGUUUACAAGGGCAUAGCAUAAUAUGAAAUUUGGUUUAAUCGUGAACCACCUUUCAUCUUAUUCAUCUGAUACCAGUGCUGAUGACUUUUUUUUUUUUAUUUUGUCUAUGUUGAUGCAUGGGAUUUUCCCUGCUGUGCCUUAAAAAAAAAAAAAAAGAAAAGAAAAGAAAAACUAUCCUACUGUGUAGAUUUUAAAAAAACAAAACAA